AUGUCCACCCCAUCGGACACAUCAGGUGGUAUGUCCCAUCCUGGCCCUUCCCCGGGGGCAGGUCUAUCCCCAGGACCCAUUUUGGGCCCCAGUCCUGGACCGGACCCCUCACCAGGCUCUGUUCACAGUAUGAUGGGAGCCAGUCCUGGACCUGGAACACCAAACGCACCUCACGGCAUGCAGGGCCAGGGACAAAGUGAUUACUCUCAGGAUAGCAUGUAUCCUAUGCACAAGACCAUGGAGGGAAUGAAUGACAAGACUAUGGCAGAUGCGAUGCACUUUGGUCACAUGAAAGGUGUGGGAAUGAGAUCUCUGCAUAGUGGCAUGGGGCCUCCACAAAGUCCUAUGGACCAGCACAGCCAAGGAUACAUGUCCCCCCACCCAUCUCCCAUGGGUGUCCAUGAGCACGCUUCCAGUCCCAUGUCAGGAGGUGGAGGUGGUGGGGGACCCACACCGCCCCACAUGCCUCCCUCCCAAUCAGGCCCUAUGAUGCCGAUGGAACCCCAGGGAGCCAUGCCCAACAUGGGCCAGCAGGGCCGGGCCCCUUCUGCUUUCAGUCCAGUCCAGCUGCAGCAGCUCAGGGCUCAGAUCCUGGCCUAUAAGAUCCUGGGCCGUGGGCAGCCUCUGCCUGAAAACCUUCAACUGGCUGUUCAGGGCAAGAGGAGCUUACCCACAAUGCAGCAGCAGCAGCAGCAACAACAACCGCUGCAGCAGCAGCAGGCGCCUAGUGCUAGUCCUUACAACAGGCCUGCAGGUAUGCCAAUGGCACCUAUGGGUGGUCCCCAGUCAAGUCCCUGCCCUACACCAGCCAUGCAAGCACACAAUCAAAGCACCGGACCCAAGCCAUGGUCCGAUGGUCAGAGUGGUGAAAAUCAAGCCAACCCUCAGAAGCACCUCACCCCUGUUUCAAGUGGACGCCCGUCCCCUGCACCACCUCAGCCCUCGGCUGUGCCAGCUGGGCCCAUGCCAGGCAGUUCAGUGGCCCCUCAAGCUCCCGGGCAGCAGGUGUCCCCCAUGCUCCAGAUGCAGCAGAAACAGAACCGCGUCACGCCAAUCCAGAAGCCACAGGGCUUGGACCCUGUGGGGAUCCUGCAAGAGAGAGAGUACAGAUUGCAAGCUCGGAUUGCACAUCGAAUCCAGGAACUGGAAAGUUUGCCAGGCUCGUUGCCCCCUGACCUGAGGACUAAAGCCACAGUGGAGCUCAAGGCACUGCGUCUACUCAACUUCCAGCGGCAGCUUAGACAGGACGUGGUGGCGUGUAUGAGGCGAGACACGACGCUGGAGACGGCUCUCAACUCGAAGGCUUACAGACGCAGCAAGCGGCAAACGCUGCGGGAGGCACGCAUGACCGAGAAGCUGGAAAAACAGCAGAAGCUCGAGCAGGAGAAGAAGCGCAGACAGAAACAUCAGGAAUAUCUCAACAGUAUCCUUCAGCAUGCUAAAGACUUCAAAGAGUAUCACCGCUCAGUGUCCGGUAAAAUGCAGAAACUCACCAGAGCUGUCGCCACCUGGCACACCAACACAGAGCGGGAACAGAAGAAGGAGACUGAGAGAAUCGAGAAGGAGAGGAUGAGGAGACUUAUGGCGGAAGAUGAGGAAGGAUACCGAAAACUAAUUGACCAAAAGAAAGACAAGCGUCUGGCCUACUUGCUGCAGCAGACGGAUGAAUACGUGGCCAACCUCACCACCCUGGUGUACGAACACAAAGCGGCCCAAGCUGCAAAGGAGAAGAAGAGGAGGAAGAAAAAAAAGAAGAAGGUGGAUAGAGAUGACGAAGGCACAAGCGCCAUUGGACCAGAUGGAGAGCCAAUGGAUGAGAGCAGCCAAAUGAGUGAGCUGCCAGUCAAAGUGAUUCAGACUGAGACUGGGAAAGUUUUGCAGGGAACGGAUGCUCCCAAAUCCAGCCAGCUGGAGGCUUGGCUUGAGAUGAACCCUGGGUAUGAAGUGGCCCCGCGGUCAGACAGCGAGGAGAGCGGCUCAGAGUUUGAGGAGGAGGAGGAAGAGGAAGCGGCCAAGGCAGAAACCGAGGAGAAGAUGAUCGAUCCCAAUGGAGUUGAAGUGUUUGUGACGGCGGCCAAGCACAUCAUCGAGUCAGCCAAGCAGGAUGUGGAUGAUGAGUACAGUGUUCCUACUGGACAAACCAGCUCCCAGUCUUAUUAUGGUGUGGCCCAUGCUGUCAUUGAGAGGGUGGAGAAGCAGUCGUCGCUGCUGAUAAACGGCACACUCAAACAUUACCAGACCCAGGGCCUGGAGUGGAUGGUGUCCCUGUACAACAACAAUCUAAAUGGCAUCCUGGCUGAUGAAAUGGGCCUCGGCAAAACCAUCCAAACCAUCGCACUUAUCACCUAUCUAAUGGAGCACAAGAGGAUCAACGGCCCCUUUCUCAUCAUUGUUCCUCUCUCGACUUUGUCUAACUGGGUUUAUGAACUUGACAAGUGGGCACCCUCUGUGGUCAAAAUUGCUUACAAGGGUACCCCUGCUUUGCGCCGUGGGCUUGUGCCUCAACUCCGCAGUGGGAAGUUCAAUGUCUUGCUGACUACCUAUGAAUACAUCAUCAAGGAUAAGCAAAUUCUGGCCAAGAUUCGUUGGAAGUACAUGAUUGUGGAUGAGGGUCACCGUAUGAAGAACCACCACUGUAAGCUGACCCAGGUGUUGAACACCCACUAUGUGGCUCCCCGCCGACUCCUCCUCACCGGUACACCACUGCAGAACAAGCUGCCCGAGCUGUGGGCCCUGCUCAACUUCCUCCUGCCCACCAUCUUCAAGAGCUGCAGCACCUUCGAGCAGUGGUUCAACGCCCCGUUCGCCAUGACAGGAGAGAGGGUUGACCUAAAUGAGGAGGAGACCAUCUUGAUUAUUCGGCGUUUGCAUAAGGUGCUCCGCCCCUUCCUGCUCCGCAGACUGAAGAAAGAGGUGGAGUCACAGCUGCCAGAGAAGGUGGAGUAUGUCAUAAAAUGUGACAUGUCUGCUAUACAGAAGGUUUUGUACCGCCACAUGCAGAAAGGCAUCCUUCUCACUGACGGCUCAGAGAAAGACAAGAAGGGCAAAGGAGGAGCAAAGACCCUGAUGAACACCAUCAUGCAGCUGAAGAAGAUCUGCAACCAUCCAUACAUGUUCCAGCACAUUGAGGAAUCGUUUGCUGAGCACUUGGGUUAUCCAAACGGCAUCAUAAAUGGGCAUGAUCUGUAUCGAGCUUCUGGGAAGUUUGAGCUCCUAGAUCGCAUCCUGCAGCUACAUGCCACUAACCACAGAGUCCUGUUAUUCUGCCAAAUGACCUCACUGAUGACGAUCAUGGAGGACUAUUUCAGCUACCGCAACUUUCAGUAUCUGCGUCUUGAUGGAACCACCAAGUCUGAGGACCGAGCUUUACUGCUGAAGAAAUUUAAUGAGGAAGGAUCUCAGUACUUCAUCUUCCUGCUCAGCACCAGAGCGGGUGGCCUCGGCCUUAACCUGCAGGCUGCCGAUACUGUCAUCUUUGACAGUGACUGGAACCCACACCAGGACCUUCAGGCUCAGGACCGGGCUCACCGCAUCGGUCAGCAGAAUGAGGUGCGUGUGCUUCGUCUCUGUACCGUCAACAGUGUGGAGGAGAAAAUCUUGGCAGCUGCCAAAUACAAACUCAACGUGGAUCAGAAGGUCAUCCAGGCAGGCAUGUUCGACCAGAAGUCCUCGAGCCACGAGCGUCGUGUCUUCCUCCAGGCCAUUUUAGAGCAUGAGGAGCAGAAUGAGGAAGAAGAUGAGGUGCCCGAUGACGAAACCCUUAACCAGAUGAUAGCCCGCAAUGAAGAUGAAUUUGAGCUCUUCAUGCGCAUGGACAUGGACCGACGCCGGGAGCACGCCAGGAACCCAAAGCGUAAGCCUCGUCUAAUGGAAGAGGACGAGUUGCCAUCUUGGAUCAUCAAAGACGACGCGGAGGUGGAACGGCUCACAUAUGAAGAGGAGGAGGAGAAGCUGUUCGGCCGAGGAUCACGCUGUCGUCGGGACGUGGACUACAGUGACACGCUGACCGAAAAACAGUGGCUACGGGCUAUUGAGGAUGGGAACCUGGAAGAGAUGGAGGAGGAGAUCCGGCUGAAAAAGCGCAAACGCAAGAGACGUCAGGACAAGGACUCAUCGAGCAGAGAUGACGGCGGCACCAAGGCCAAGAAGAAACGUGGACGUCCACCAGCUGAGAAACUCUCCCCCAACCCCCCCAAACUCACCAAGCAAAUGAACACCAUCAUCGAUACGGUCAUCAACUACAGAGAUGGGUCAGGAAGACAACUAAGCGAGGUCUUUGUCCAGUUACCAUCCAGGAAGGAGCUCCCAGAGUAUUACGAGCUAAUCAGAAAACCCGUGGACUUCAAAAAGAUCAAGGAUCGUGUGAGAAACCAUAAAUACAGGAAUGUGGGCGACCUGGAGAAGGAUGUGAUGCUGCUUUGUCACAACGCCCAGACCUUCAACCUGGAGGGAUCCCAGAUAUACGAGGACUCCAUUGUCCUUCAGUCUGUGUUCAAGAGUGCCAGGCAGAAGAUUGCCAAGGACGAAGAGAGUGAAGAUGACAGCGAUGAGGAUGACGAGGAAGAGUCAGAGGCAGAGGCCAAGUCGGUGCGGGUUAAGAUCAAGUUGAGUAAGGAGGCGCGCAGCCAUGACAAAGGCAAGAAGAGACAAAGCCGAGGGAAGGCCAAGCCGGUGGUGAGCGACGACGACAGCGACGAAGAUCUCGAUGACAAUGAUCAGUCAGACAAGAGCAAGAGUGACGACGACUGAGGGCGUGAGGAUAUUGUUUAUAGCACUUACAAACAAAAAGGACAAUAUCUUCCAUUACUGUUCAGGUUCUGUUUUCUUUUUAAUUUUACUUCAUUUGUCCUCGAGUGUCUGUAGUAUGCACCCCUUCUCCCACCAGCUUGGUAAUGUAUUACUAAUAAUUGAUAAGCUACAGCAAUACCAAUCUGCUUAUAUUCUUGUUUUUAAGACAAAUUUGUAGUAUAUUUUUUAACUCUGUGCUUUAAA